GUGGGCAUCAUAGGCGUGGCAGCCCUCAUCGCACUCGCCAUGUUCAUUGUCCAUCGUCGUCACUCCCAUAACACUGCUUCCGAUGUUUAUGACGAUAUGGAGUAUUUGGAGAAGAACAGGGAGCCUGGGUUGGGCGGUGCAGGGGAUUUUGGGCAUGGGCGUGAGAGUGGGGGGAAUGAGCAUGAGGAAGGAGGAGAAUGGGAAGUGUAUGAGGAUGAGGACGAUGGGGAGGGCGCAGAGUAUGUCGUUCAGGACGAUCCUCGCUUCCCCCCCGACGCCCAUCUCAGACGCAACUUUAGCGCAGUAGCAUCCGCUCAGCCUCCUCAGCCUGCCUACUAUCAGCAGCAGCAACAACAGCAGAUGCAGAUGCAGCAAGCGUAUGCGUCUCAGCAGCAGGCCUACCCCCAGCAGAGAUAUGCAGGACAACAGGCGUACCCGAGCCAACAGGGGUACUCUCAGCAGGCAUACGCGGGACAGCAGGCGUAUCAAGGGCAACAGGCCUAUGCGGGACAACAGGUGUAUCCUCAGCAGGCAUACGCGGGACAACAAGCCGUGUACUCGCCCCAUGACCACGGCAUCGAGUAUCCCCCCGGUAUGGCUUACACAGACGCGGACCUGCAUGGUGGCAACGAUGGGUACUUUGCGCCCCAGCGCGAGACGGGGCAGCCUUUUGUCGUCGAACCGGAACCUGAGAAGGAGGCGUCGAGUGUGCCGGCUGCGCUGAGGCCGUCUGUCAAGCCUGCACUUUCGGUUGGUGCAGGGAGUGGGGGGCAGAGUCUGACUUCACCGUCUUCGUCCUUGUCGCCUAUUAGUACGAAUGGAGCUGGGGAUGCGAAAGGGCAUUUGUCCUUUGAUUCGUUUUAUGGGGGUGUUGUUGAGGGCUGAGGGGUGCGUUGAGGGGUGAAGGAAGGAGGGGGAAAAAGGGAGGAAGGGAAAAAGGGGAGGAAGGGAGGGUGAUUUUGUUAUGAAUGGGCGGAUUGGUGGAAUGGUGAAUCAGUUUUAGGAGGUGACGAUCGUUUCAUGCCUUUUUUUCUUUUCUUCUUUAUUUCUGUUAUUUUAUUCUUUUAUUCUAUUCGUCACCUCCUCCCCUCUUGAACUUCUUCUUGUUUGGAUGGAUUGUGGUCCAAUAUUUUAUAUUUUGUUGGUUUUAUUUAUGAUUUCUGUGUGCGACGUGGACUCGAUCGGAGGGAGGGGCUUUUUCAUUUUGUCGGUUCAUUUAGGCUCAUCGAUUCGAUCGUCGAGGACACAAAUAUGUAACGACUACUCUGGACUUUACACUCCUACAAACCUCGAAAACUACACUGGAUCCUCCUCUCAUCUUUCUAUCUGAUGGCUUUUUGGUGGUGACAACAAAACGAGGAAUGUAAUCAGACUGCUGCUAUUUUGUCCGUCCC